AUGCUCGUUAAGCCUCAUCUUAAUCUUGGAUUGGUCAUCCUCAAGACUCUCUACAAAAACAUUACGAAUGUGACAGUUAAGACUAUCCAUGGUGGAGCAUUUAUCACUCAUCUUGCAAGAUAUUUUGGGAAAAACCUGGAGGACUGCAACUGUACGAUCAUCUGCCACUCAAGUAUUCUCCGUGGAUCACUUAUCCAAGAUGAAACUUCUAGAGGUGCUAAAGGAAGAAAAACCAUCAAGGGAAUAGCUGCUCAACCACUCAGACGUCCAUUUGAAGAGUCACAGUCGGCUUCCUUUGUGGGAACGGGGAAGUCAUCAUCUGGCACCCAAGCAUUGCAGAUAGCCACUCUUAUUGAGCAUAAUGCCAAGCUAAUCGAGUAG